GCUGACGUCAGGAAACUUUCGGGGCGGCCGUGGCCGGAGCGGGCGCCGGGAGCGGCGCGGAGCGGCGGCGGGACGGGCUGCUCCAUCCCCACAGAUACCUUCGAGGUGAGAUGCAAGAUAUGUGGAGAGGAGGGAACUACUAGAUCAGGUUAAAGUGGGGAGGAAAAAACCAAACCCAGAAGCAUCAUUGACUGGGUAGAUUUUUCAACAUGAAUCGUGCUUUUAGCAGGAAGAAAGACAAAACAUGGAUGCACACUCCUGAAGCCUUAUCAAAGCAUUAUAUUCCCUAUAAUGCAAAGUUUCUAGGCAGUACAGAAGUGGAGCAGCCCAAAGGCACAGAAGUUGUAAGAGAUGCUGUUAGAAAAUUAAAGUUUGCAAGGCAUAUCAAGAAAUCUGAAGGCCAAAAGACGCCCAAAGUUGAGUUACAAAUCUCAAUCUAUGGUGUAAAAAUUCUAGAUCCAAAAACAAAGGAGGUCCAGCACAACUGCCAGCUCCACAGGAUAUCCUUUUGUGCUGAUGACAAAACUGACAAGAGAAUAUUUACUUUCAUAUGCAAGGACUCAGAAUCAAAUAAGCACCUGUGCUAUGUGUUUGACAGUGAAAAGUGUGCAGAAGAGAUAACUUUAACAAUUGGUCAAGCAUUUGACUUAGCUUACAGGAAAUUUCUGGAAUCUGGAGGAAAAGAUGUUGAAACAAGGAAACAAAUAGCAGGUUUACAGAAAAGAAUUCAAGAAUUAGAAACUGAAAAUGCAGAACUGAAAAAUAAAGUUCAAGAUUUGGAAAACCAGUUAAGAAUAACACAAGUACACGCAUCUCCACUGCUGCACAUAAAGUGUGAUAAUGAUGAACAUAUGUUUCAAAGACCCUCUACUUUUUUCUGGUGUAACAAUGAGGAUUCACCUCCUUGUUUAGAUAUCUCUUCCAUUACGCUUACUCCUAGGAGUUCUCCUGACUCUAGACUACCACCUGGAUUGUUAAUACCACCACCUUCAAAAAGUGGUCUUCCAAAGCCUGCCAGUGAAUACAGCUGCCCAAGACCUCGUGCAGGCAGUGUGACACCCAAAUCACCCUCCACUGACAUCUUUGAUAUGGUUCCCUUUUCUCCCAUAUCCCCUCAAUCAUCAACACCUACUCGCAAUGGUACACAGCCUCCUCCAGUACCCAGUAGAUCUACAGAGAUCAAGAGAGACCUUUUUGGAGCAGAACCUUUUGACCCUUUUAGCUGUGGAGCAGGAGAUUUCCCUCCAGACAUUCAGUCCAAACUAGAUGAGAUGCAGGAGGGGUUCAAAAUGGGAUUAACUCUUGAAGGCACAGUAUUUUGUCUUGACCCACUAGACAGCAGGUGCUGAUGCCAAGAAAGUCAAUAUGAAAUUCCUCCACAGUGUUUUUUUUUUAUUUCUGAACACAUACUCACAGAUACUAUCCAUGUGCCAAAAAUUGCUUUUUUCAACAUGUAAACUCUUGUGAGGCUUGCUUCUGUAAAAAUCCGACUUCCUUCCAGUCUUUCCCUGUAUAAAUGUAAAAAGUUGUAUUUGUUUAUGAAUUAUGGAUUAAAUUACUCUGUUGUGUUUCUUUCUGUCACAUUUUGGCCCAAGUUUGCUAUGCUUUAUGAGUAUUAGCUUGGAGAAGUUCUUCAGAAAGGUCAUACAUACCUCUCUCUCUCUCUAUGUCUCUCUGCAAAUGUGCAGGCAUGAAUUCUAUAUAAUACUUUACCUGGCAGCAUUUUGAAAUUAUGCUUUAAGCAUUAUUUAAUAUUCAAGCAGGAAAAAUAUUAAUAUCUACUACAAAAAUUUCAAUUUGCAGUGAAAAAAGCAUAAAAUACUAACUAUUACUAUAUGCUUCAAAAGUAAAUCUGGAUGCAGUGUGAUUGAUUUCCAUCACUGUGAGUGGUUUUUAUCCUGUACAUAUGUUGCCAUUGGUUUAUACAAUCCAGAUUUUAGGUCCUUUAUUCAUGUUUUAGAAACUAACAAGUUGUUAGUCUGCUAAUUAAUGCUUAAUGAGCCUAGAAGAGCUGCUAAAUGGCAGAAUGGCAAAGCAACUGCCCAUUGGUUUGAUAUUUUAUAGCUGAAGUGUAAAGUAUGUACCUUGGAAUCCAUUACAUGCUAGCCAUAACUUAAAAGGAAGAUUAUAGUCUUGCAUUUACUUGGGAAUUUAUGUAAUUUUGUGUAUAAGCAGGCACUGGGCUCAGUUCUGUAAUUACUUUCAACACCUGAGUGUUCACAGCCAGGCUCUGUUGAGUAUAAUUCUUUUACUCUCUUUAGUGUUCCAUGUCUUUAAUUUUGAGGCUUUCUGCAAAGAACUGACUAUAAGUCCUUUGUGCGCACGAGUUAUUCAUGUUACAGAAAUGCCUGCACACCAAAAUUCUCAGCUGCUGGUGAGAUGGAUGCUGACAUGUCUAUGCAUACUCUUCAUUAAUCUUUCUCAUAAGCAAUAAAACACCAUCUUAAACCUAUCUCAGAAUAUUCCCUUCAAAACAUACAAAUGUGGGACCCCUUCCCCCAAUUUUCAGAUUUGUUUUUUUUUGUGAGAGGUUUUUUUGGUGAUACUUAUGGUUUUGUAUUUACCAGUCACAGUUUACACCAAAAGCACAUUUUUCAAUUUUAUCAUGUGCAUUUUCAUGCCUUGUUCAACAAAGUACUUGUGCAUGUACCUUUGGAGUCCACUAAAAAGAAUGGGAUUGUUCCUUUGCUGGAUUUGACACAUCCUCAGGUACCUUGCUGAACUGGGGCCUUAACAUCCUACAUUACAUUUGGCUUCCUCUCUCUUAUUCUGAAUUCAUCAUUCAUAUAGAGUAUUAUAGAGAAAUAUAUAUAUAAAAAUAUAUUAAAUCACUAACAAAUAGAAUAGUAUAUGUUUCAUAAAGAAAAGUCUUUAUAAUUUUGUUUGUCAUAUAGUAUUUUCGAAUUUGUAUAAUGAGGAUGUUUAGUAGCCAUAGCAAUGGCCUUUUUUAACAAAUAGAAUUUGUAUUUUUAUUGUACUUUAAAAAGCUUUACAUAAUAAGCAUCUAUUUAGUGGUCAUUUAUUAUCAAUGGUAACACUAAGAUAAUAUUUGCACAUUUUAAGAAACCUUUUUCGUUACUGAUUUUUAUGAUAGUUGACUGCAAAUGGCAUGGUUAAAUCUUCUAUACCUGGUCAAUACGUAUAAAAAUACUUAAAUCAACACAACAGUGCAUUUUUAAUUUUUAUGUGAUCCAAUUGGAAACUGUAUUUCUAUGUAAUCUCAAAUGUCUGUUUAAUUUUGCCUAAAAUAAAUGUUUUUAAAUAAAUUGCA